ACAAUGUUGACCAUUUUGAUCGAUCUUGUUUGUUCCAAAUAUUGUUUAAUAUGGCGUUGAAGUUGUAUUCCUGCAGCAAGCCAGUCCCACAAAUUUUGAGCUGUCUGACAAGGACACCUGUAGUAUGUAAUACGCGAAAUGCAUAUAAAUAUGUCAACAACGAAGAACGCAGCAUGGAUAUGAAGGAUAUUACCGAUAGAGCUGCACAGACUAUGCUCUUUACAGAAAUUUUCAGAGGAUUAGGAGUCACUUUGGGACAUAUCUUCAAAGAACCAGCUACAAUCAAUUACCCGUUUGAGAAAGGGCCUCUAAGCCCCCGCUUCCGAGGUGAACACGCAUUAAGGAGAUAUCCUUCAGGAGAGGAACGGUGUAUUGCCUGCAAGCUUUGUGAAGCUAUUUGUCCAGCACAGGCCAUCACCAUAGAAGCUGAAGAAAGGGCUGAUGGAAGCAGGCGAACAACUCGAUAUGAUAUUGACAUGACUAAAUGUAUAUAUUGUGGAUUUUGUCAAGAAGCUUGUCCAGUUGAUGCUAUUGUAGAAGGUCCUAAUUUUGAGUUUUCAACAGAAACCCAUGAAGAACUUCUGUAUAACAAAGAGAAGUUGUUAAAUAAUGGUGACAAAUGGGAAUCUGAAAUAGCAACUAACAUCCAUGCUGAUCAUCUGUACCGAUGAAAACAUGAGGCAACGUAGACUGCCAUAGAUUGGCACCUGGUUAUUGUGUGCCCUUGCUUGGUUUCUAUUUCAUUUUGCCUUUAAAGCAUCAUCUGCAUAUUAGAAAACUUAUAUACCAACUACAUCAAACAGGAAGGUAUUAGUGCAUAUGAAUAUUAUGUUUCAACACUUUUUAUGAGAUGGAGGAGUAACACCUUAUAAAUAAGAGGAUUUAAAAAUUUGGCUUCCAGUUGAAAGAAGUCCAUGUAUAAAUUGUACAGAUAUAUGAGAAUAAAAUUAUUCAUGAAGCAGUCAG